AUGCACAAGCCGAUGGAGAAGUCCCAAAACUUCCGCAUCGAGGCGCUCCUGGCCGAAGAGCCGGCGCGAAGCGCCUCCCCGCCGGGGCUGAGCCCCGGGAGCCCCGCGGUGAGCCCCGGCCCCGCCGGGCGGUCCGACACCCCCUCGCCGCGGGCGCCCCGGGCCGCCGCACCCCUCUCCCCGGCCGGCUUCGUCCCCAAGCCCGGCUUGCUUCACCUCCCCGGCCCUGGGCUCGGUGCCCUGCCGGCCCUGUAUCCACCCGCCGUGUACCCGCUCCCGACCCUGGGGGGCCAGCACCCCGCUUUCGCCUACACCGGCAUUCCUCACCUGCCGCCACCUGGAGCCGAGCACCUGAAGGCGGCCGUGGCCGGCUCCUUCCCACUGGAGCACUGGAUCCGAGCCGGGAUGCUGGUGCCGAGGCUCUCCGACUUCCAUGCUGCCCCACAGUCUGGCUUGAUGGGGAAGUGCCGUCGGCCUCGCACAGCCUUCACCAGCCAGCAGCUCCUGGAGCUGGAGAACCAGUUCAAGCUCAACAAGUACCUGUCCAGACCCAAGCGCUUUGAGGUGGCAACAUCGCUGAUGCUCACUGAGACACAGGUGAAGAUCUGGUUCCAGAACCGCCGCAUGAAGUGGAAGCGGAGCCGCAAAGCCAAGGAGCAGGGUGCCCAGGCAGAGGCUGAGAAGCAACGAGGGCUCAGUAAAGCCUGCGAGAAGCUGAUGCCCAGUGAGCCCCGGGAACAAGAUGCUGAAAGCCCUGAGUUCAUGGGGUGCAGCCCCAGCUCAGGCUUCCUGCACCACAGCUCCGCUGAGCUGGGCUGUGGCCCGGACUCCUCUUGCUCAGGGGGUGAGGAGGAAGAGGAAGAGGAGGAAGAUGAGAUGGGUGCCACGGAGAGGAAGAUCGUCUCUGUGUUGUGA